AUGCUAUCUGAGGAAGUGUCUCAGCUUCAAACCGAGGAUGACGAUUCGACGGGAUCGACCGGCUUGCCUCGGGUUCGGAUCAACCAAAUCGUUGAAGCGUCGGUUCCAAAGAAGAAGGGCCGUUUGUUCGGUUUGGCUCGUCGGUCUCCCUCGGUUCCGUCUGCUUCUGCACCACCACCGUCCUUUGUUGAUCAAGAAGUCCUUCUAAGUCAGAUGAGGGACAAGGAUGCUCGCAUAUCUGCGCUGGAGUCCAUGGUGGCGAGUCAAGAGGCGGGCUGGGAGGCACAGAGGAAGCUGAACGAGCAAAUGAUGGCGAUGAUGAGGAGCAUGAACCCGAACGCCAACGUCGACUUCCCGACCAUGCCAGACCCGGACUUCCAAACCCCGUAG